AUGUCGUAUAGGCCCAUCCAUCCACUAAAGAGCUAUGCGACGCCCUCGCAGUUCGAUCUUUCCAGCCUCACUAUCCCGUUGACCGCGAAGGAAAUCUUGACGUUCUUCCCCAACCACGUUAACAUACCUGAAAUACAACACAGGCUCUAUCACAGUGACAUCAAAGGCUCGUUCCAAGCCAACUUCAUUAAUCACCAGUACCGUCUACAAGGCCUAGAUAUCGUCAUACCCAUGGAUUGUCGCGCGUAUCUCAAGAAAGCGAGAGCAAAGUUAGGAAGAGAGUUCACAACCAAACCUACUACCUUUACCACCAGUCAUUACACUUUCUUACCGGGUGACGCCAACGGAUUCGACGACGUCAGGAUAUUUCACCCAAUCAUUGAUUGUGGCUUUUACGUUCAUCCGAGUAACUUUCCCAUGGGUCCUGACAGCGGUCCCUUCACGAAAGCCCUCAUCCAAAUCCAGCUUAUUGGCAACACGACACUGAUGUUGUCUCAACUCGAUUUUGUCAUUGCGAGGAUGGGCAUCAGCCGGAAGCUAGUAGACGGGUAUACUGAUGCGGAUUUUCAGAGAAGACACAGGGUGAUGGUAAAAGAGUAUCAGGACUUCUUGCAAACGAGCGCAAAUGAGAACGGUAUUCGAUUUAAUCACUGA